ACACAACAUGUAAAUCAAAUGUAACGUUUUUUGUCCCGCAAUAGUAUAGGAUUUACAUUCCAUCUCUUAGUAAGCAGCCAGCAAUCAUAAAGAAAAGUUGGAAUGAUGGAAAGUUGGGAUCGUGAAUCAAACUCUAGUACAGAGUACUAUGAUGCAAUUGAAUUUCAAGAAGAGCAUAGCCCAAUAAAAAAAUUCAGAACAAAGCGGAGUAUAUCGUUACCGAACGUAAAUUUAGAAGAGGAAGAAACGCUGGAAGUUUCACCUAGAAUCGAUACGAAACCCAUAAGACCAGUUGCCGAUUUAAAGCAAUUAUACACGUAUUCUACAAUUAAAUCAAAUAUAAAGCGGCAAGCGUCACUAGUAAAUAAAACAAAAAGAAAACUGAAGCCAUUUAUAACCGUAACACCUGCGACGCCAUUAUAAAUGUUAAAUUAAAAAGUUAAGUUAUUAAUUUAAACAAAAUUUUAAAUUUUAUUUAUAUCUGUUUUAUGAAAGCUACACGUA